AUUCCCGCCAUCAUCGCGCAGCUCGGCGACGCGUCGUGUGCUGCUCCGCUGUCAACAGCGCCGGAGAGCAGGUGAAUGCCGGCAAAACAAACUUUCUGCCCGCUGAGCAGAAGCGACACCGGAUUUUUCGAAGUUUGAAGUCGAGCUCGUAUCACAGACAGGGUUUGUUUUGAGUCCCAGCCUCCCAAGUGCACCAACGGGAUAGCGAGCCAUGGCAGCUGCAGUGCCCAAACUCUCCAGCGGUGGGGCUGUGAAGAUCCGCUUCUCCAGCCUGGACCUGGGCACCACCAGGUGGAAGGAGGGAACUUUUGAGAUUUUGGAAAAGGACAACAAAGUUAACCUCUGCCUGAGAUUCAGUUGUGGAGGAGCUUCCAAAACUUUCCAGCUGAACCAGAAUGUGAAGAACAUUAACCAGAAUAUGAGUAGGAUCAUCCUCACUCUGAAGGACAACAGCGUUAUCACCCUGGAUAAGAUGCCUUUAUCUUUGGUUCAGAAGACUAAAGAAUACCUCGAAAAGCUGAAGCAGGGAAAGCCAGUUUUAAAAUCAUCUCAUGGAAGUGCCAACUUCAGUGUGCUCGGGAACCGCUCUGUGAAAAAUGAGGCCAACCCACCAGGGGAGAGGCAGACGACACCGAGGCGACAGAGUGCAGAAGGUCGGGAGGACGCAACACCGAGAAAGCCUCUCAGCAGCCCGAGCAGAGCAACCUCCACUCCCACUCGCCCUGGACUGUCUGAAAACAGGAGCGAGAAGAGAAAGAGACUCCUUACACCUGAUAAAGACCUCAGCGAGGACUACCCAAAGGAAAACGACUCCUCGAGCAACAACAAGGCCACUUCAGACCCAUCCAGGAAGUUUCUCCUUAGCUGCAAAGAAAAGCUAAAACAGUCUGAGGAGAACAGGAGCUCAGCUCCUCUGGGAUCUGCGCCCCUUCAGCCAUCGUCUUUCUACAGCAGAUCCGUGACUAAAGACUACAGCCAGAGCCACUCUUUUCUGGACAGGCCAUCCAGUACGGCACAGACCCCCACAGCCAAGAGGAGCCUCAUGCUCCCUAACCACUCCACUCCCUUCAAGAAGAUACGACCCUCUCUGGACUACGGUGGCUGGAACAAACAGAGGCCCUCCACCCUGCCACAGUCUCAGCCCCCACUGCAAGGCUUUUCCAACCUGGGUAACACCUGCUACAUGAACGCCAUCCUGCAGUCCCUCUUCAGCCUUCCCUCCUUCUCUAAUGACAUGAGGCAGAACAUCCAAUGGAAGAGGGUGCCCAUCAAUGCUUUGCUCAGGCGAUUUGCUCACCUUAUGAUCAAGAAGGAUGUGGGCUGUCCGGAGACGAAAAAGGACCUUCUGAGGAAAGUGAAGAGCGCCAUCUCUUCCACAGCGGAGCGUUUCUCAGGAAACAUGCAGAAUGAUGCUCAUGAGUUCUUGAGUCAGUGUUUGGACCAGCUGAAGGACGACGUGGAGAAGAUGAACAAGAGCUGGAUGAACGAGACUGCCUCCUCCUCCUCCUCUUCUUCUGUGGUGGGUGAGAAUGGUCAGGAGGCGACAUCGUCAGUGCUCAAAGCAGAGCCUGGGGACGAGGCAGACGUCUCGCGGAUCUACACCUGCCCUGUGGCGGUCAACAUGGAGUUCGAGGUGCAGCACACCAUCACGUGCAAAGGCUGCGGCGAGGUGGUGACCAAGCGAGAGCAAUUCAACGACUUGUCCAUCGACCUGCCACGCAGAAAGAAAACACUCCCCCUUCGCUCCAUCCAGGAUUCACUGGAUCUGUUUUUUAGGAUGGAGGAAAUUGAGUAUUCAUGUGAAAAGUGCAACGGGAAAGCAGCAACGGUUACGCACAAAUUCAGCAAAUUACCGAGAGUGCUCAUCCUACACCUGAAACGGUACAGCUUUAACGCUCAGCUGUCUCUGAACAGCAAGCUGGGUCAGCAGGUUGUGAUCCCUCGAUACCUGACCCUGCUGCCCCACUGCACCGAGUCCACAAGACCCCCCAUCAGCCUUGGGUGGAGCCCCCAAACCGCCAUAUCCAGAACACUUAAAACGUCACAGUCAGUCAACUCGUCCACAGCGCCUCUCCGAAGGAUCGGAGGGAAAGUUUCCAAUUCUAGCUGCACCUCCAUCCUCGUGGACUCUGACUGUGAAGAGGGGCCUAAGAGGAAGGUAAACGCGAGCCGCAAGCGACGCCUGAGCAGCUGUCUGACUGACGACGAUGACCGUGCUGAAGAGAGGAGCACAACAAUAGAUUCAGCAGAUUUCAGUGGCAUAAAUGAUGACGAAAUGCUGGCAGCUGUGCUGGAGAUGAGCCGUCAAGAGGCCGGGCUCUCUGCAUCCCCUUCUCUGGAAGAUGAGCCGACCAGCAGUCCUGACACGGGGUUUGGUGACACAGAUGCCCAUGACUUGGCCUAUCAUGCAGAUCUGCUGGAUGCAGAGAGCAAACAGCCUGCAGAUGGUCUGGACUCCCUGGACCUGACCAUGGAUGAAAACAAGGAGAACCAGACUCCAGAGAGCGUGCAGCAGCAAGGGGACCUGGACUGGGUUCAGCAAUACAGUCUGGAACAGGAGAGGGAAGAACAGGAGCUGCAGCAGGCUUUGGCCCAGAGCCUCCAGGAGCAUGAAGCUCAGGAGAUGAGGGAGGAUGAUGAUCUGAAGAGGGCCACCGAGCUCAGCUUGCAAGAGUUUAACAACUCCAUGCCUGAGCUGCUCUGCUCAGACGAUGAUUCUGGCAACGAGGACGUGCUGGACAUGGAGUACACUGAAGCAGAGGCCGAGAACCUGAAGAGAAACGCCGAGAGCGGGGAGGUGGCCAACUCUUUCAGACUCAUCAGUGUGGUCAGUCACAUCGGGAGCAGCUCCUCCUCCGGCCAUUAUAUCAGUGACGUGUACGACAUGAAGAAACAGUCGUGGCUGACCUACAACGACCUGGACGUGUCGCGUACGCAGGAAGCGGCUGUCCAGCGAGACCGUGACCGCAGUGGAUACAUCUUUUUCUACAUGCACAAAGACGUGUUUGAGCAGCUGUCUGAGAUGGAGAGAUCUGGAUCCAGCAGCACCUCAGAGGCGGGAAGGAACGUCCUGCAGCCCCUCUGAGCGCCACGUCUUUGGGCACCCACACACUCACCCACAGCUGAUCCCCGUAGAUGAAGCUGUCCUGUGAAAAUCCUCCUAUACUACUGAUUGCCGUCCUUUUUUGGUAGUCUUCAGGCACUUCUUUUUCCUUACAGAUCACUAAAUGCCAGGCUAAACAUACACCUGAUGAUACCAACACAGGUGUACGACCUGUCGGGACUCUUUCAGAUACCAGAAAUGCAGUUAAAAUGUUCAGUGGAUCAAUUUUUUGCCUCUGUGUUUUUGGGGCUGGAGUUUUUCUUUGCUAUGAUUUUAUCAACUGUUUUGUAAGGUUUCAUUUUCUUUUUUUUUUUUUUUUGAUUUGUUUCUUAAAAACUUUUUUUCAGACUUUUACUUAAAACUAUCAAGCACCAGGUGCUCCUGGUGCUUUGUGGAUUGUAUGUUUGCAGACCCCUUUAUUUCCCAUAUAAGCAAAAUAAAGAUAUAUUCUAUGUUGGAGUAUAAGCUAUUAUAGAGUUUAGAGGGUUGUUGUAUUUAGCAGGUACAUUUGGUGCAAUAUUUCUGUUACUGGCACAAACUGGUCAUUCAAAUCAGCUUUCUGUCACACAGUGUGGAGGUCUUCCCAGUUGCUUUUUGUGCUUCACGUGGAACCUGAUCAUUUUGUUUGUGCGUGUGGUGACUUCCAUAUUUUAGAGAUGUGAAAGAACAGGUGUUCAUUAAUAGUUAACUGAGCUUUUCUCAGUUGAUCCCACUUUGUUCUUUUUUUGGGGUUUUGACCUUGUGCCUCCCAAGAAAACUUUUAUAAAUGUGUAUACAAGCUUUACUUUGGAAAGUCGCACAACCUUGUUGUUUUUGAAUGUUUGUCGAACCUAAACAGUGUGUAAGUCAGAGUUUCUUCUAUAAAAAGCCAACAGAUUUUUCUAUUUAUUGCAUAUAGAUGGGGUUGAUUUGUCGUAAUUAGCCCAUGAUGAGCCAAGGCAAAUAGAAGUCAUUACUACUAGAUGACCAGAGAAGUCACCUGUUGCAUAAGGUCUUUUUAUUUCACCAUCUUCAGAGCAAGUAUUAAGAAUUUAAAGUGCCCCGUUUAUGCUCAUUUACCUGGUUAAAAUAACGCCUUAUUGAAACCGCUAUCGGCUCAGUCGUAGCGCCUGCCCUUUUAAGUGACAAAUGUCCAUGUAAAUACAGCUGAAAACACUUAUUUUAAAAUGUGCCAAACUCACUGCUCCUCGGGAGUACAUUGUGAUGUAGAUAAGCAACAAAAUUUAAAAAGCCCGGAGCUCAAACGAGGCCUUUCGGCAGCAGUGUUUUUUUUUUUUAUUCCUGUUAAAGGAAAACUUUCCUGAGUUCAGACCAAACACGAAGCAAAGUGUUGACUCCCGAAUUUAGUUGCUGGAGUGUUUUUGAGCCAUUUCACAACCCACAGAUAUCCACCGUAGGGAUGAAUGGUGAAAUAAAUUAAUGGGAAAAUAUUUAGAACUUUUCAGAACUUGUUUCUGAGUGUCAGUGAUGUCUCUGCUGAUAUGUCAAAGACGAUAUAUUUUCACCUCAGUUGGUGUUCACAUAGACUGGCUAAUAAUUGUGUGGAGGGGGGGGGGGGGCAUAAAAGGGGCACUUUACUAACAGUUGCUGUCAGGCAUUAAGUAUAUGGAAUAUUUGUCAUUACUGGACACCAGCUGUGUAACUUAUUCUGUGUGAAAAAUGAGCUCACUCUCACACACCACUACUGAUGUGUAACUUUGAAACAUAUUAUUUCAGGCUUAAUCUGGCCACAGCGGAUUAUUCCCUCAAAUUAGCACAACAUAGCAUUAAUUUCUAAGAAUUAAAUCACAGUACACCAGAUUUGACACGGUGUGUCUAUAUUUGGGGUUUUAGGAAGGGUGCGCUGAUUAGCUGACUUCCUGUUGCACCGCGAUGUGUUAAUUCUCCGUUUUUUUUAAUGUCCAUGUCUGAUUGACAUUUCUGAAAUGCUCCUCCUGAACAUCCUGUCUCACAUGCAGUGUAAAGAGGGUAACGUGUAUUAGUGAAGUGAGAAUGAACAGCUUUUUCUACCCUUCAUACACUACCGACUCUUCCUAAAGCAGAUUUUAAUAAAAUAUUCCAAUGAAA